AUGGACUGGGGAACUCUGCAGGGUGUUUUGGGAGGUGUAAAUAAGCACUCCACCAGUAUCGGGAAGAUCUGGCUCACAGUCCUCUUCAUUUUCCGAAUCAUGAUCCUGGUUGUGGCUGCAGAGAGAGUCUGGGGAGAUGAACAACAAGAUUUUGUCUGCAACACGCUUCAGCCUGGCUGCAGAAAUGUUUGCUAUGAUCACUUUUUCCCCAUCUCUCACAUCAGACUCUGGGCCCUGCAGCUGAUCUUUGUCUCCACACCUGCGCUGCUGGUGGCCAUGCAUGUGGCUUACACCAGGCAUGAGAAGAAAAGGCGGUUCAGAAACGGUGAGAAAAUUGAUAUUGAAGAGCUAAAAAAUCAAAGGCUUCACAUUCGGGGCCCCUUGUGGUGGACAUACACCAGCAGCAUCUUCUUCAGGAUCAUCUUUGAGGCUGUCUUCAUGUACGUGUUCUAUUACAUGUACGAUGGGUUCCAGAUGCCCCGCCUGGUGAAGUGCGACGCUUGGCCCUGCCCCAACACUGUGGAUUGUUUCGUGUCUCGGCCCACUGAGAAAACCACAUUUACUAUUUUCAUGCUUGCUGUAUCUGGGAUCUGCAUGAUGUUGAAUCUGGCUGAGUUGUGCUACCUAGUGAUAAAAGUUUGCACAAAAGAAUCUGGGAAAGCAACAGUUUUGAAAUAAGUCCCCGGGUUCAGGAUUUACUGGCUCCCCAUUUCCCUUCAGCUUUCUUAGGUGUAAGAAAACAAUAAACAAUAUUUUCAUACUCAAGGAAAGGAUAAAAA